CGUAUGGGUUCUCCUUCUCUAGCUCUGCUAGGAUGCAAGUACUUUCUAUCUUAAGAUGGAUUUGGAGUAGGUCGAGCUCUAAACGAAAUGGUCUGCAGACGAUGAGACCAGGAUCACCUUUUCCAGAUGCCUUCCCCCACCGCACAUGUCUUAUGAGCCAGAUGGAAUGCUUAUCGCGGAAAUCAUCCACACAAUCGACGACCUCUUGGAAGACACGACGACUCUUGCGUUUCGGGAACAGGAUAAGGAGCGAUCUGCCAGAGUACUAGAGGAACACGAGGAAGUGGCUAUGAAUGCAGAAAUUGCGGUCAUGGAUGCAGAAAUUGCGGCCAUGAAUGCAUAUGCGGGAAUUGCGGACAAUGUCAGCUUCACCUCUGCGCCCGCUUCGUCGCGCCGUUGUUCUAUCGGAGGAACUGAUCUCCUCCAGCUGCACGGUACUUCUUCUACAACAAGUAGUAGUGGACUGGUAUUUUUACGCCCAACAACAUCUUCCGCAUCCAGCACCUGCACUAAGACUAACAAUCAUGUAGAAGAUGUUGCUGAAGCAUCAUCGUUGUCGAGAUGUACAAGCACUAGUACUUCUGGUGCCCUUCUUGAUUCUGUGCUCGAUGCGGUUGACGGAGUAUUGUUGUCCUUAUCGAGUACAGCUUUUUCUGGUGCCCUUGACUUUCGUCCCGAAGCUCCGCAGUUCUCUUUAUCGAGCAGUGCGCCUUCAUCUUGUGCU